CUGAUAUGGAUGGGUUUGGGUCUGCAGAUGAGUUUGCUGCACUGUGUUAUGGACAUUACAGAAACCAGUUACCUAAACAGGGGUUACCCAAUCCAAGCAGAGAGUGGACACUGAUGGCUGCUGUAGUUCAAGUAGAGUCAAUUCCAGAGAAGGAGGAUGUCAAAAAAGUGGUCGCUAUGGGAACAGGAACAAAAUGUAUUGGUCAAUCAAAACUACGCAAAACAGGUGAUAUUCUCCAUGAUAGCCAUGCAGAAAUAAUUGCAAAGAGAAGUUUUCAGAGGUAUCUUUUUCAUCAGCUGUAUUUGGCAAUCUCAAAGGCGCAAGAUAGUUUGUUUAUUCCUGGAGCUGAAAAAGGGAAAUGGCUGUUAAAACCAGGAAUUUCUUUUGUGUUUUUCACCAGUCACACUCCCUGUGGAGAUGCCUCUAUUAUCCCCAUGAUGUCUUCUGAUGACCAGCUGGGACAUCCUCUAACAUCUGAAGUCUCCAGAGAAGCUACAAAUGACAAACAUGCAAGUGGGUGUAAAAGGAAGGAAACAGAUGAAAAUUUAUCUUGUUCCAGUAGAAAGAAGCUAAAACCUAAUGAAGAGAAUCAUUUGGAGUCAUUGGAAGUGUCAGAGUGCUAUAAGGAGGAGGAUUGUGUGGGUUCUGGACUCCCAAAAGUAGUAGAUGUGUACAGAACUGGAGCAAAAUGUGUUCCUGGGGAUCUUCAAGAUAGUCUUAACCCGGGUGUGCAUUAUCACACACUUGGGGUCCUUCGUGUGAAGCCGGGUCGUGGUGAUCGGACUCUGUCUAUGUCUUGUAGCGAUAAGAUGGCUCGCUGGAUGGUACUUGGAUGUCAGGGGGCUCUGCUUAUGCACUUCCUGCAGCAACCUAUCUAUCUUUCUGCUCUUGUGGUGGGGAAGUGUCCUUUUUCUCAAGAGUCCAUCGAGAGAGCUCUUCACAGCAGGUGUCAGAAGCUUAUAUCCCUGCCAAAUGGAUUUAGAGCACACAAGCUGCAUAUUAUACAUUCACACCUGCAGUUUCAGCACGGGAAGGAAGCACUGAUGAAAGAGGUCACUGCAGAGAAGCUCGUCCCUUGUGGAGCAGCUGUUAGUUGGAGUGCAGUACCGCAUCAACCACUAGAUGUCACUACAAAUGGCUUCAGGCAGGGGACAACCAAAAAAGCAAUUGGAAGCCAGCAAUCCAGGUCUCGACUGUGCAAGGCAGAAUUUUUUAAAACAUUUCGGCAGCUGAUUGAGGGGUUAUCAGAGGAGCAACUUUCAGAUGUUCUCAGCAACACAGAACUGAAGACCUACUGUGGUUAUAAAGAGGCUGUUACCCCUUACCAGGAGGCCUGGAAUCAACUGCGUGAACAAGCAUUCAAAGCCUGGAUCAGAACGCCACGCGAUUACCUGCAGUUUACAUGACAGCACAUGCUAAAUUUGCUAUAUCAGAAGGGGUUCACACUGAGGAAACAGCUGGACAUAGGCUGGGUAGCAUGGCUAAAGAAAAGGAAUAAAACCAACCUUCAGCAAGUAAUAUAUUAAUAAUUGGAGCAAAUAAUAAGAAACCAUAAAGCACAUAGGCAACAAUACCAUAAGGCUACCCUUGAUUCUUCCAGGGUUGUAGCAGUUUGAGACUGAGGCUUCGGCUUGGCAUCUUCAGCAUCCAUACGGCUAAGCUGUAUCAUAGCAUAUAGUAGCAUAAGCAGGCUGACAAGGCUUCCACUUUCAAACUUAUAGUGCUAUAUACAAGCACUCACCAAAAUGGAAGGCCAAUCAGAGACAGAAGCCGGAGAAGCUUGAUUCAUAAUCUUCAUGGGGAAUAAGAACGCUACUUGUUGAAAGCCCCCACCGAGGCUUAAAUUGAAAUCGAGCAUGCACACGAAAAUGACUGCCCUCAGACGCGGCCCCCGCGACACCCCUUACCUAUAACGUCACGGUAACAUGGCGGCCCCCACAAACAAACCGUAGGGAACGUUUUCUGCCACCUAACACUAUAUCAGUGACCGAAGUCAAGGAAAUAAUGGUGCCGAUCAGCUAGAACAACCGCUAGCUCACAGUGGCUAUAAGGUAAGCCCAGAAAAGGGGAACAUCCACAGCCCAACAAACAAAACUGGCUAAACACGGAGAGGGACUUUUAGCCCUGUCCACCCUGCAAGCUGGACAGAACUAGGAGGAGGAAGGGGUGAUGUCCCACUAGAGGCUUUAUGUGGUAAAUGA